CAACAAAGCCCUGAAACCAGAUUUCCCAGUUCCCACCACUGUCUCCACCGCCCUUUCGGAAGAAACCACUGCGCCCCUGCCUCCUCACCCCCACCCCCAAACCCACGUCCUCUGCCCCACGCCCUCCCCCCCCACACCUUUAAUACGCUCCCCCCCACCGCCCCUAUUUCUUCUCUGCACCACUCUCCCAACUCCCAACCUAUCUACCCAGAACAGAAGAACCAUCUUCUGUCUUCGCUUCUUAAUUCCUGAAGCUAGCUACCUAGCUAGAAAUUGGAACUACUUCAUUGGGGUACAGGUGCAGCAGAGCACUACUACAGGAUUACAAUUACAGGCCAGGCAGUAUGAGGAUGAGCUGCAAUGGCUGCCGCGUCCUCCGCAAGGGCUGCAGCGAAUCCUGCACCAUCAGACCUUGCCUCCUCUGGAUCAAAUCCCCCGACUCCCAAGCCAACGCCACCGUCUUCCUCGCCAAGUUCUACGGCCGCGCGGGCCUCCUCAACCUCAUCAACGCCGGGCCCCCUCAUCUCCGCCCCUCUAUAUUCAGAUCCUUGCUGUACGAAGCUUGUGGGCGGAUCGUUAACCCGGUUUACGGGUCGGCCGGGUUGCUCUGGUCGGGGAACUGGCACCUCUGCCAGGCCGCCGUGGAGGCCGUCCUGAGCGGCGCUCCGAUCAUGGCCGCCUCCUCGGACUCCGCCGCAUGCGACGGCAGCCCCCCCUUCAAGGCCUGCGACAUCCGCCACGUGUCCAAGAGCGAGGCCGCCGCCGCCGCUGCCGCUGCCGCUGCGUCUCAGGAGUUCACCCGAGUCAGGACUCGGACCCGGUUCAAGCGCUCGGCGGGUAAGCUAAACAAGCAACCGGCCGCGGAGCUCGUGGCGGAGUCGACCCGGAUGGAGGAGCUGAACGUGUCCGGGAGCCUGGGGAGCGGGGGAGGGGACAGUGACAGCGUGUCCGUGGAGACGGUGGAGGCUGCGCUGGCGAAGCCUGAUCAGGAUCGGAGGGACGGGAGCGAUGUGGAGCUGGAGCUGACGCUGGGCCUCGACGGAGGGGCGAGGGCCCAGAAAGGGGGUCGUCUGGGGAUGAAGGGCGGCGUGGAUGCCACGUGUAGGGUGGGAAUGGGGCUUCAUCUUACCGCAUGAUGAGUAAAUAUGUGGUUGCGGUGCGGUGCGGUGCGGGUGGGAGCAUGAACAAAUGUGCAAACCAGUUUUGGUUCUUUUAUUUUGUAGUUAGCUUGUUGUUUUUCUAAGUUUGGGGUGUCCUGUCCGGCAGAUAAAAAAUAACAAUUUUUUUUUUUUUUAAAAUAUUUUGGGGGUGGCUUUCUGCUGAGGUGUACACUGUACACGUGGACAUAGUAAAACAAAUUCAGACUAGCUGUCUUGAGAGCUCGCUUCCAAUCUUUUUUCCAUUUUUAUUCAUAUAUAUAUAUAUUUAUUUGAUUUUUGUUGAGAAAA